AUGAUGUGCUGCAAAGCCCAGCAAAAUAAUGAUCAGAACUGCACUUCGUCUUGCGGGAAUAUCCAUGACAUACACUACCCUUUCCGGCUGGAAGACGAUCCCCAGCACUGUGGUCUUCCCGACUACCAACUUGCCUGCAACAACAAUCGCACUAUACUAUACCUUAAAGCUGAUCCUUAUGCAGGGUACGACUACAAAUUCAACUACUCCUACUACGUGGAGGCAAUCACUUAUGACAACUUCUCGAUUCGACUUGUUGAUCCCGGUCUAGACAAGGAUAAUUGCUCUUCUCUUCCACUUCAUUCUCUGCCAUAUACCGAUUAUUUCGGAUUCUCCACAGCAGGGCCAUACUUUGGUGUUAUGUUCACAAGCUGUCAGAAUCCCGUAAAUAGGAGUGGAUAUGUGGACGCUAGCUUUUGUGAUAAAAGAAACACUACUUCCACCUCCAACACUACUUCACCAUCUCCGUUGCAAAAUCAUAAUUAUGUGGUACGAGAAGGCAUGGAUAUCUCAGAACUGGAGGACUCCUGCAGCAUCGGCAAUCUGGUUUGGACAACAGCAAAUAUCUUAGGGCCCGCGACGGAAGGCAACAUUUUUUUUUCAGACUUAUAUGACGGGCUUGCAUAUGGGUUUGAGCUUUUAUGGUAUCGCGUCUAUUGUGGACAGUGUGAAGCAAGAGGCGGCUUUUGCCUUCUCGGAUUUGAGGACAAUGUUGUCCAUUGCUCAGGGGACGGAGCCAGAACCAACACCAGAACUAGAAUCAGAAAUAUAUUGAGAAAUGUAUUAUUAGGUGAGCACAUUUAA